UAUUGCUAUGAGAUGCUGUUCAUUUUGCAUUUCACUGUUACUUUUUUGGGAGGACAUUUAACAUUUGGUUUUGUUCAUAAUUUCUUUAAAGAAGAACCGAAAAAUCAGAGUGUCUUACUUGGUGAAAGUGUCCUUCUGCGAUGCUCUGCUGACCAUUCAGCAUCAGAUGCUUUGGCUAGUCAGUGGCGUAGUAAUGAUGGGAGUCUUCUGGGUCUUCAUGGUGCUGGGAAACUUGCUGGACAUCAAGGGCGGUAUUAUUACGUAUUGGACCACUCGAAUGAAAAGCAUCUAAGAAUAGAGAAUGUAACAUUGGGGGAUGAUGGACUAUUUGAGUGCCAAAUGACGCAUCCAAGCUUGGGUCCAUUUCGAACAUCUGCUUUGAUCACAGUUCUAGUACCACCUCAAAAAGUAACACUUAUGAAUGCAUUCCCUGAUUCUAUCAUCAAUGUGACAGAAGGAAAUAUUUUCAAUCUGACUUGUUUGGCAGCCAAUGGAAAGCCCCAAGCUAUCAUAAAUUGGUAUGUUCGUGGUAAGAAAAUUCGUGACAAUAUCCAUAGAUGGACGCAGGAAAAUCCAAACAAAACAGUCAUUACGUUCGCAACUUUCAGUUGGAGGCCUAGGCAAGCUUCGUUCAUUUUAAAAUCAGUGAUUUUGAUGUUUUUGUGUUAUAGGAGAGAUGAUAUGGGUGCGGUUGUCACAUGUGAAGUUUUGCAUCCGUACACUUCUAGCCAUUUUCGAAGGAAUGUUACACUCAAUGUUCAGUAUCCUUCAAGUGUGCCAAAAAUCAAAAUUCCUGGUGGGUUAACUGUUUUGAAGCCCGGUGAUAAUCUGACCAUGGAAUGUGUAGUUAUUGGAGGCAAUCCGCCUCCCAAGCUUUUUUGGCGGUUUCAACAAAAUUUUAUUGAUAGCCACUAUAAAUAUAAUGUUUCAACAAGAGAAACUAAAAGUAGUUAUUCAAUCGUAGUUGACGCGAAUGAUAAUGGAGCAGUAUAUGGAUGUCAUGCUUCAAACUUGGCCACUAAGGAAUCACUUUUCGAAAGCAUUCGGCUUCUCGUUGCAUAUGCCCCUCGUAGUGUAGAAAUAUAUAGCAAAACAACUGCUCGAAUCGAACACGAAUUCACCGUACGUUGUAGAACCGAACCCUCAAAUCCACCAUCAAGGAUUUCUUGGCUAAUUGAUGGGAAGUUUCUACCACCAACUGGCCAAAUACACUUGGAACAAACUGUUGGUACUGUUACGGUUUCAAAUUUAACCAUGAAUCUAACUGAUAUAGAUCCUGUCAAGCACCAGUUUCAAGUUCAGUGCGUAGCCAGAAAUGACGAAGGGGCGGCAAGUAAACAGAUAAUCAUCCACCUCCUCUGUAAGUUAUCUUUGCGACACGUUUUAGCACCACCUACGGAUCCAGUUAUUUACGGACUUGAUGAUCUUACUCUUGUUGAAGGCGAAUUCAUAAAUCUUACUUGUGAAGCUCGUGGAGGGAAUCCACUUGCAACACUAGCAUGGUUUAAGGGAGUCGAAAAGCUUCAAGAAAGUCAAAGUGCCAUAGUCAGUGACAUUUCGUCAAGUACAAUAUCUAUUCUUCUUGAUCGUACAAUGAACAGUCAACAGCUUAAGUGUGAAGCUAGAAAUGGUGCAUUAGAUGAACCACUUGUUAUUGCAAAGACGUUAAAAGUGAUGUUUCCACCACGGCGAGUUACAAUAAGCCAGAAUGACCCAGACAAGAAAUUAAUUAUAGAGGGAGAAGUCACGAAACUCAUUUGUUUGUCUCAUUCUUCAAAUCCAACUGCUAGGUUAAUAUGGAAAUUCCCAAACGUUGAUGGCUCUGAAAUAUUCGAGGAGAAAAUCAGUAAUCGAUCUGAUGGAGAGUAUGGUGGAUAUGAAGCAGAAAGCGCCAUCGAAUUCGUCUCAACAGAAGCAAUGAAUGGCGAAGUUCAGUGUAUUGCAAUGCAUCCAGUGUGGCGUAGGCAAAAAGUUGCAGUGUACACAUUGAAUGUUCUUUAUCCUCCUCGAAUCCUUUCAAAAGAAGGCAAAUCUUUUACGAUUGUACUUGACGAAGGAGAGAAUUUUGAAGAAAAUUUGGUAGUUCGUGCUAAUCCACCAGUGAAUAUUUGGAAAUGGCGUAAGGAUGGUUCCGACUUCAAGCAUAUGGUUGGAUCAGUCAUUGUCAACGAGUCUUCUUUGUCAGGAAAGUCAGUUAGUAGAUUAGACAGCGGUAUUUUCACGCUUGUAGCUGAGAAUAAUGUUGGAACGGUUAAUAUCUCUAUUCAUAUCACUGUUAGAUAUGCGGCGUAUGUUACGUACAUAACAUCGCCAGUAAUGGCUUCGGUUGGAGAGGAAGUUGUCAUGGAAUGUGAAGUAGAUGGCGAACCAAAGCAUGAUGAUAUGGUAAAAUGGUUACGUAAUGAUAGGAUCAUUACAGAAGUAUUUCUUGUUGGAAGGACCAGGGCUGUUAUGCGGUUGAAUGCUUCGCUCGAAACAAGUGGUGCUUAUGUCUGUGUCGCGGAUAAUGGAAUUGGAGUGGCUAAUAAGUCAGUGGCUUACUUAUUGGUACAUCACGCUCCUGUAAUCAUCAAGCAGCCAUCGCUGUUGCGAGCAGCUGGAUCUUUGGGUUAUCCCUUAGAAGUACGCUGUGUUGCACGCGCUGUUCCAGAUGUUAAAUUCCAGUGGGUAGUUCAGGGCGAAUCUAGUCCAAUCAAACGAAAUAAUUCUGAGUUCUCUUUCACAACUCAUCAUCUUAAUCAUUCCACAUUUGAGAGUAUCUUAUAUAUAUCUAAUCUGGAGCUUGUUGACUAUCAACAUCCAGUGAAAUGUUUCGCCAUCAAUAAAUUUGGGAAAGAUGUUGUUGAAAUCCGCAUUGGUCCACCGACAGCACCAGAGACACCAUUGGCUUUGAGAGUCUCAAAUGUAACGAAAAACUCGUUAUCCUUCUCCUGGAUUCCUGGUUUUAACGGAGGCUCAGAACAGAUAUUCGAACUACGAUAUCAGACUUCUACAGAAAACAUAUAUCGUUCCAUCAAUUCGUCUCUAUCCGAAGUUGAAAUUCAAGGACUUGAACCAGCUUGUUUAUAUGAAAUUUCAAUCCGAGCAGUGAACACACGUGGUUUGGCAUCGAAAUUCUCGCAACCGCCAAUUGCUGUAUUUACGAAAGAUGAAUAUGGAAUGGACAUCCUAAGUGUCUCUAAAAAUGAUCCAUUUCCUGCACCGGUGGUCCUUUUAUUUGGUUUUUGCUAUUCAUUUCUACUCUUAAUCAAUUGUUUCUUACUCUGUUACAUGCAGAAAAGGAGACGCCAGAAAAAAAUGCAAGAAAAAACUGAGAUGGUCCGAAACAUGAAUGCUACUACGAAUAAUAAUGGUGGGUCUGAUACGAGAGUUGUGCAGAUGUAUGGGGUCCUAACAAAUGUUGAUAGUCCAUGUAGACCGGAAUCAGUGGCUACAAACAGAAGUGAAUUAUGUCAUGAAUUGAAUUCGGAGGAUGAUCAAAGCGUACGAACUAUGAUCGAGGUUAGUCCAAACGGAUGUGUACAGCAGGUAGAUCCAACUAACUAUUGCGAUCGGGAUUAUUUGCUUGGAUAUAGAUUUGAUCCAAGCUUAUAUGGUGAUGUGACGAAGACGAAUACGUUACGAACAACGCAUCAGAAUUUUGUUAGUGUACUUCAACCUGUAUGUUCAUCCUUUUAUUUUAUAAAAUUCACAGCAAAGGCUAGCAACUUAUUAAUCUCGAUUGGCAAGCUUUCUAAAGUGCCAGAUAUUGACAAUGCAUCUCUUAAUUAUUACGAUGAAGGCUCUUUAACACGGGUAAUUCGGGUGAAAGAAAUGGAUUUGCCACGUCCAGUACAUAAGCCACGCAAUAUAAAUCCUAGUCCGCCUAUUAGUAUACAGUCUACUGAUAAUGGCAGUCCUAUGAUGCUGAGCACUUUUUUGCAGCGUGGUGGCCUGCAUACUACGCCUCUUAAUUUAGCUCACAUUGAUGGUGAUUUAGUAUAG